AUAUGCGACCUAAUGUCGAUUCUCAUAACAUUAAUCUUUGCUGACCACUCUACGAAACAUACUCUAUGACUCCCCCGCCAUAUUGUCUACGACGUACAAGUUACGCGCUAGUAAAAACUGUAUGUUUGUGAUUAACAAAAUAAAAAUGUAAGCCCGAUCGUAACGUUUGUCAUUUAUAAAGAACCCAAACAUUACAUGGUGUCAGAAUGGCAACAAAUAACAACGAAGCAGUCUCCGGUAUUAAACCACCCGGAUACUUGCACAUCGAGUCGGACAACAAGUCGGCAAAUUGGAAAAAAUGGCGUCAACAGUUCGAAUGGUAUGCAACCGCAAUUCAGCUAGGAAAGAAACCUGCCGAUAUUCAAGCUGCAACAUUCAUGUCAAUCAUAGGACCAGAUGCAAUUGACAUCUACAACAGUUUUAAUUUGAAUACAAUAGAUGAACAAAAAUUAAGCAUCAUUAUCGGAAAGUUCGAAGAAUAUUUCGCGCCGAAAAACAACAUAUCGUUCGAAAGGUACGUUUUCUUCAAAAUUGAACAACAUGAAAACGAAUCGUUUAACGAAUUCAUCACUAGAAUUAAAACACAAGCAAACAAAUGCGAGUUUGGCACUCUACUUGAAGAAAUGCUGAAAGACAAGAUUGUAUUCGGAAUAAAAUCAACCCAAAUCAGAGAAAAAUUACUCACCGAAGAAAAACUUGAUCUCACAAAAGCCACAGCCAUCUGUAAAAGCAGUGAACAAGCCUCCAAACAACUUAACGAGUUUGAGAAUAACAACAAGAGUGAAAAAAUACUGACAAUCAAAAGUAAGAACUUCAGAAAUGAAAAAUUUGACUGUAAAAGAUGUGGUUCAAACCACAAGGCUAGAGAAUGCCAAGCCUACAACAAAUUAUGUACAAAGUGUAACAAGGCCGGUCAUUUUGCAAAAAUGUGUCGUUCCCAAAUCCAAUUGAAACAAAAAAAUAAAAUAAAUACUCUAGAAGAAAAUUCUACUUCAGAAAAUUCAGAUGAAUCAUUUAUAGGACAAUUAAGUGUCGGCAACUCCAAAGACUGGACAGAAAGUGUCGAAACUGCCAACACCAAAUUCACAGCAAAACUUGAUACUGGUGCAGAGUGCAACGUCCUUCCAAAUUUCAUAGUACAGAAAACUCAUGCUUGUAUACAACCAAGUCGCACUAAAAAUUUAAUAAGUUAUUCAAAUAACAGAAUUUCAGUACUUGGAGAAGUAAAAUUACAAUGCAAAAUAAAAAAGAAAACUGCUAAAAUAUUAUUUAAAGUUGUAGCUGAAAGAGUCACACCAGUCUUAGGACUAAACACUUGUGAGAAGCUGGGACUAAUUGCUCGAGUUGAAACAUUGAAAGAAAGCUCAUCCAAUGAUGAUUUUGAGUAUGAUAUUGACCUCAUAGAAAACCCCAAAUUUGAAAUAAAACCAACAAGAAAAGUUCCACAUGCCAUAAGAAAUGAAGUAAAACAAGAAUUAGAUAGAAUGGUAAAACUGGAUGUCAUCACACCUGAAACAGAACCGACACCAGUAGUAAGUCCGAUGGUGGUAGUCAGACAAAAAGGAAAAUUGAGAAUAUGCAUCGACCCAUCGGAUGUGAACAAAAAUAUUUUAAGAAGACAUUUCCCACUUGCAACAAUAGAAGAGAUAGCAGCAGACAUCAAAGGAUCAGAAUACUGUUCCCUACUAGACUGCACCAAAGGAUUUUGGCAAAUUAAAUUAUCAAAAAGAACACAAAAGAUACUGACAUUUUCUACACCAUGGGGAAGAUAUUCAUUCAAAAGACUUCCAUUCGGACUAUCGUCAGCCCCUGAAAUUUUUCAAGAAAUCUUGACUAAUCUUCUCAGCAAAUUCAAAAAUGUAAAAGUAUCAAUCGAUGAUAUCUUUAUUCAUGCCAAAAAGAAGGAAGAGCUACAGAAAACGGUCAAAGAAGUAAUAGAGACAUUGAAAAUUUCUGGCUUCAAACUCAAUCAAAGCAAAUGCAUCUUUGAAGCCAAAAGAAUAAAAUUUUUGGGUCAUAUAGUCUCAGCCAAAGGUUUAGAAGCAGAUCCUGAAAAAGUAAAAGCCAUAGAAUUUAUGAAAACACCACAGAACAAAAAAGAACUGCAAAGGAUACUAGGAAUGAUAACAUAUUUAAAUAAAUACAUUCCCAACAUGUCAGAAUUAACAAACCCUUUGAGAGACCUACUUCACAAGGACACAAGUUUCAACUGGGAAUUCUAUCAUGAUGAAGCACUCAACAAAAUUAAAAAAGUCUUACAGAAUCCACCAGUGCUAAAACUAUAUGAUGUAAACAAACCAGUCACACUAAGCGUGGAUGCAAGCUCAAAGAAUCUUGGUGCAGCACUUCUUCAGGAAGGCCAACCAGUAGCUUAUGGAGCCAGAACAUUGACUAAAUCCGAACAAAAUUAUCCUCAAAUUGAAAAGGAAGCACUUGCUAUACUAUUUGGGUGCAAAAAGUUCCAUGAGUAUGUCUAUGGCAAAGAGUUAUUAGUCGAAUCAGAUCACAAGCCGCUCGAGACAAUAUUCAGAAAAAACAUUCAGUCAGCCCCAGCUAGACUUCAACGUAUAAUGCUCAACCUAACACCGUAUUCACCAAAAAUUACAUUUAAAAAAGGCACAGAAAUACCACAUGACUAUCAGGAAGAAGACCUGAAGAUCUCAAUAAUAUUACCAACAACAUUUGACUACACAGAAGAGUUGAUCAAAGCAACAAAAGAAGACCCCCACCUGCAACUCUUGUUAAAAACAAUAAUGAAAGGGUUCCCAGAAAAGGCUGAUCAACUCCCUACAGAACUGCAUCACUACUUCAAUUUCAAAGAAGAACUAACAUACUUCAAAGGUCUAAUUUUCAAAGGUCACAAAAUUGUAGUGCCCAAAACACAAAUACCUCAGAUGCUAAAAUACAUACACCAAGGUCACCUUGGAAUUCAGAGUUGCUUGAAAAGAGCACACCAAUUACUCUAUUGGAGAGGACAAUAUGAAGACAUUGUGAAACUGGUUAGAAGCUGCUCAGCAUGUGAAAAAACACAAAAGGACAAUACCAACUAUACCGUAGCAGUCAAAAGAAUCCCAUCUCUCCCAUGGCAGAUUGUGGCAUCUGAUUUAUUUGAACUAAAAGGAAAACAGUAUAUUGUAAUCUGUGACAGCUAUUCAGGAUACUUAGACUUUCAGUCACUUAAGAGCUCAUCGUCAACUGAAGUGAUUAAUCACUUAAAACAAUGGUUCUCUACACAUGGAAUACCUGAAGUACUUGAAUCAGACAACGGUCCACAGUACAUGUCCAGAGAAUUCAAAGAUUUCCAGAAAGAAUGGCGUUUCAAGCACUCAACAUCCAGUCCUCACCACCCCCAAGGCAAUGGCUUAGCCGAAAGAGCUGUCCAAACUGCAAAAAACCUACUAAGGAAAUGCAGUAUUGAUAAAUCGGAUAUCCAACUUGCUCUAUUAAAUUGGAGAAAUACACCAAGAACAAACAAUCUAGGGUCUCCUAAUCAACGCCUCUACAGUAGAAUAACACGAUCAUUAAUACCUACAAGUGAAAAUAAUCUUAAACCAAAGAUAGUUCAAGGGGUCACAUCUGAACUAAAGUACCUACGAAACAAACAAGCCAACCAUAGCAACAAGCAACGUAAGGAGCCAACCAAUUAUGAACUCGACGACAGAAGCAGACACAAAGUCGGUCAUCGUCAAUGGGAAGGAGCGAGAGUGAUAGAAAAACCUAAUAAUCACCCGAGAUCCAUUAUUAUUAAAACUGACAAAGGACAAAUAUUCAGAAGAAACAUUGGACACAUACACAAUACACUAUCAGACCUAUCAAUUGGCAGCAAAGAAGCGGUUCCGGAAACUGUAUAUCCUGACGACUUACCACAUGCCCAAUCGGACAAACAACCGGAGCUACCUGCAGCAGCUACUACAUCUCAAGAACAAACAACUACAUCACCAAGGAUUAAUUGCAAAAGCAGCGCUUCAGAAGCACCCGUCAUAACUAGCAGUGAUCAACCGACUACAAGAUGUUCAAGAUUCGGAAGAACCAUCAAAACAGUCGACAGACUAGAUCUAUAGCUCAGCACAGUCAAUGUAAUCAAAUCGUCUUCUCUAAAGAAGGGAAGAUGUAACGUAUAUGCGACCUAAUGUCGAUUCUCAUAAUAUUAAUCUUUGCUGACCACUCUACGAAACAUACUCUAUGACUGCCCCGCCAUAUAUAACUC